AUGGCACGUGGUUUGCGUGUCGGGUCCAAGGCAGACGUGCUUACAAACCUUCGUUCUCUCCUUCGUGUCGCACGUACACGUGGCUCAAAGGAUUCAAUUCGUGAUUGCAAAUUCUCACAGCAAAUUCUGAUGCAGUAUCGAGCUCGACAGCAGGAGAAUGACCGUAUAAAGAUGCGUGCAUAUCGUCUAGAAGCCAGUGACUAUUUGACAUUGUUACAAGGCGUUCAAGAGCAGCGUCAUUUAUGGGCCUUAGAUGCUGGUUUGGAGAAAACAUUGUCAAGUCAGGAAAUAGUCAAACGCUCAGCACGUCGUGUUGGGCUCGAAGUGCCAGAGAGCUAUGCUGACAAGCAGACGGAAGACGAACGCAGGAAGGCGGCGAUCAAGUAUCUUGCCGAGAAACGAGCAAAGGAAGAAACGAUGAUGGGACAGUAA